CGAAGGAACCCCUUUAUUAAUCUCCCACAAGGUAUUACGUACAUCGCCAGAAAUCAAGAGGACGCUUGUUAUUGAUUCAUAUAGCGUUGGAUCGUCGCGGAUAGUAGAAUUCAAUUUCUUUGCUGCAGGUGUCCUGAAGCCACAAGUCGUCUAGAUCAUGGUUAUGACACUGAUCCGCUAUAAUCGUCCCAAACCUGCCAAAACUUUUCCUCCAUACAAUACGAGCGGUGAGUGGGCAUCCCGUCUUCCGGGCGCGUUUUGCAUUCCACCAUUGAGUCGACCCACGAGCGGCGUAAAUCCAGCGUUGCGACGGGGACCUUUGGAUCAGUUCCCCCCGCUUUCCCUUCCCGUGAGAACGUCGACGGGCGAUAAUGAAUCUACGAUCUACAACGGCCUCGACGAGUGGUUUAUACGCCAUAUCAAUGGGGGAAUAAAUCGGUGGAGGCAUAUAAAUGAUGGAACAUGUACAGAGUAUGGAUAUAGCUUCAUGCUUGGUCGGGUGCGACUUUUGUCAUCAAUUCCUUCGUACGACGCAGUAUUACCGGUACAAAGUAGGGCCGGCCCAGCCACCGACCCAUCCACUUUCUUCAAUUUCGCUUAGCGUCAUGAACCUCCCGAAAUCGCCGCCAUCAAUGAACGAAACGUAUUCAACUUUGUACCUGU